CGGCGACGGCGGCGGCGGCGGCGACGACGGCGACCAUCAAUACUUCGCGCUCCAAAAUCAAUCUGAAAGUGAGCGGAACAGGGGCUGUGAGUUGCUGCAAUGGCGGGUUUCGUUAGAGCGAAGCGCGGCAGUGACCUGCUCGACGACCGGGCCAGGGCUCGGCUCGUCGGCGCCGAUGUCCGCCGCCUCAGCUCCGACACCAGCGGGAGCGAGCACGACGGCGAGGACGACUCCCCUUGCCUCUCCGAGCUCGUCCACGGCUUCCUCGAAGUCGAGGCGGACGACGACCCCGCCGCGAGCCGGUCCCCCGCGGACUGCGGCUCCGACUCCGACGGGGCCGACUCGCCCGCCGGCUGGGCGGACGCGAUCGAGGGCGUCCUCGAGGAGGCCCUCGCCGGCAAUGCGGAUUCGUACCGGAGCCUUCUCCUGCGUCACGUCUCGAGAGCGAUCGAGGUGUUCGCGUGCCUGUGGUCGAACAAGCCCGCGCUGAGGCGCAACGUGAUGUCGUACCUGAGGGAGAUCGGGUACAAUGCGGCCAUCUGCAAGACGAAGUGGGACGCCUCCGGCGGCCUCACCGCCGGGAACUACGAGUUCAUCGACGUGGUCCGAUCGGAGCCCUCCGAGGGGAGCAGCCAGCUGAACCGGUACUUCGUCGACGUCGACUUCGACGGCCACUUCGCGAUCGCGCGGCCGGCGCCGGAGUACACGCGGCUGCUGCAGCGAGUCCCGAGGGCUUUCGUCGGCGGAAUCGAGGAUCUGAAGAGGGUCGUGAAGGCGAUGUGCGACGCGGCGAGGCGGUCGCUCAAGAGCAGGGGCCUCUCUCUGCCCCCGUGGAGGAAGAACCGCUACAUGCAGAACAAGUGGCUGGCGCCGUACCGUCGGACGACGAACCCGUCGCCGGCGGGCGCCUUCGCUCCGGGGGCGGCGGCAAACUCCGCUGGCGCCGCCGUGAAGUGCCGAUCGGUCGGGUUCGACCAAUCCAUGAGCGGCCGUCUGUUUGUACGCACGAGAUAAACGAAUAAAAAAGAAAUUCUAUUUUGUGGA